AUGAUUUGCUUGUACCAGUACAUGAUAUUGAAGGGUUAUUUCAAGACAAUAGAUCAUAAGUUUCUUGAAGUUGGUCACUCCUAUCUCGAUUCAGAUCGAGAUUUUGGGAGAAUAGAAAAGGUCCUUAGAAAACACGAAACAGUACAGGGAACCGAACAAUACAGGGAUAUAAUUUGCAAGGCAUCAAAACUAAAUCAAGUUAUUGAUAUGUCCGGACAUUUCAGGAACAUCAGUUGCUUGCACGAAAAACUAAAUCUGAUAAAUAGAAAAAAAGAUGUUAAUAAAUCCAAAGUCAACUUCAGAGAUGGUAUUCGUUGGAUACGUGAGGAGGAAUUUGGUUCAUAUCUAUAUAAAGAAACUUAUGAUGUCAUGACACCCUUUAAAAAUGUGGAUAUAUUAAAAAGAAAGUCCAGACCAGAUGAUUUUAUUCUAGAACGGGUAUCUGGUAGCUACGGCACGAUAACAAGAGAGAAGAAAGAUAACAUUAAAGACCAACUAAAAUUUGUGAAGCCCGAAUAUCGAUAUUUUUACGAAGAAAUUCUAAAAAAG